GGGAAAUUUGCGAUAGAAAAAAUAGGAUGACAAAAUUGAUUACUAUGGAGAGAAGUACCGGGCAGAGGUUCGAAGAUGAAGUGACCGAACAACCGAUAGAUUAUAGUAAAAAAUACAGUGAAAGAAAAACGGUAAUGGAAAAUCGCUCAAUUGAAAAUUCCCCUCGAACUGACCAAUCUUGUGAGAAGGAAUUUGGAGAACGCGACUCGAAAGUAGAUUUGUUUGGAGAUUAUGCUGAAACUGAUCUUGAUCAACCAACAGAUUACAGUUUAAGAUAUGCCGAGGAUGAGAAACAGAGUCCUGAGUAUUUUCCAGGAAGUGUACAGGAAGAUACUGUGAAGACGUACUGUACAGAAGGAACCCCAUAUGAGACACCUUUUAAUUUCUCAACAGCAACUUCUAUGUCUGACUUGCGUCUUGAAGAUGCAAAGGAACCUGUGGAUUCUCAGAAAAAGCUGAAUAAAAAAGUUCAUGGUCGUAAGGAAGAUAUAAAUUAUGAACGCACAUUGUCUCUUCAUUGCAAUGAGGACCGUUCACUUCUUGCUGAAAAGGAAUUAGAAACAUCCAAAGCUUCAGAGACAAGUAAACCUCCCUGUCUUUCCCCUGAGAAAUUGCUUAACUAUUACCAACCAGGGACAAGUGAUGGCUUCUCCCAUGCUAGUUCCCUUGGUAGUGCAAUAACACAGAGGAACCAUAUUACUGGGAUUAUUGCUAAAAUACCUUGUACAGACUCUUCUGACAAAAUAGAUAAUGUGUCAGAGAAGGCUGAUCGUACUGUAGCUAAUUCUAAUGUUAAUGUAUCACGUAUACCAGAUGGAUCUGAUAGCCCCACAGAAGGGAAAAGUAAUUCUAGAGUUGUGGACAAAGAAGGCAAAAUGGUUACAUUCAGCAGACAUGAUUACUAUCCUGAACAAACUCCUUUAAUGUUCUCACCUUCUAGUUCCCUCAGUUCACUGAGUGGCUUUGAACAACAUUCUAUACACGACGAUCGCAGUUCUAUUAUCAGUGAUUUUAGCCGUAGAACCAGUGGUGCUGUGUCUCCAAGUGAAUUACCUGAUUCACCUACACAGACUAUUCCACCAAGUCCGCGUAAUCACAAGAAUCAAUGCGCAGAUUUCAUAAGCAAAAUCCCAGAAGAAGCAGUAAGACCGACGGUUCGACAUUUAUCAUAUUCUAAGUGUCAUCCACCAAGGACUAGCGUUUUCGAAGACGACAUCGCUACGUUUAAUGAGGAAUCAACUCCUAUUAAAUUUUCUACAGCUACCAGUUUGAGUUCCCUUACUAUUGACGACGAGGUGAAGAUCCCUACCGCUCCCAAACCUCAGAACGAAUUAAAGGAAACCUCGAAUGACUUAGAUAAAAACAUUAAAGUAAAUUCUGUAGAGGAAAAGACCAAUAAUGUUGAAGUUGAAAAAGAUCAGGAACAAGUGAGUGAUGGUGAUGAGGAUGACGAAGAUAUGCUCGCAGCGUGCAUUAGCAUGGGCAUACAAAAUAAUAGAUAUAGACAAUCUUUUAAAACAUCUACUGUCCAAAAAUCCAUGCAACCUGAAUCAUCCAACAUGAUGGCACGCUGUCAGAGAACACCUGUCUUAAAUAGACUGGAACCUUCAGUUCCUGUUACUGUCAUUUCUGUAGAUACUCCAGCGACAACGUCCAAGCCAACUAAACCUGCAAUAGAAGUCGUUGCUGCACCAGACACUGUGCAUGUAUACUGCACAGAAGGUACACCUGCUGAUAUCUCUCCAGUGGGUUCACAGUCAAAUCUUUCAGCCUUGUCCAUGCCAAGCGUCCAAGAAGACGUGGAGAGAAUCGAGGAAAUCAAGAUUUCGAGUGAAGUUGAAUGUCACAGAAAUGAUCUCUCAGACGAGAGUUCUAACUUGUCAAGGGAAGAUGAGAAAAUUCUGGAUGAGUGUAUUCAAUCUGGAAUACCAAAGAUUCGACAGAUAACACCACCACCAGCCACUUGCAUGCCCUUUGUUCCAAAGACGGAGAUUCUAACGCAAAGAUUCAAUAUAUGUGGCACUCCGUCAUCGUCCCCUGUAGAAAGUGGCAAUAAAAACCCUAUUCUUCGUAAACCUAUGUCUCGUGUCACUUUAGAGCAUGAGAAUGACCUCUCUGAUGAUAGCCCUAAUCACUCUGAUGAUGAAGCUAUCCUCAGCGAGUGUAUCAAGUCUGGUAUGCCAAAGGCAUUGAAUGUUUCAUCAAAUACAUCCUUAGUCUCCACAAAGAAGCAACCAGAACAGUAUUCCAAAAUUCGAAACGCUGCCAGUGGUAGUUCGUCCUCUUAUAUGAAUAAACCUUAUUUUACCAGAAAUACUUUGGCGCAAACGCAACCACCAUCGCAUAAACCCGUAGAGAAUGAUAUACAUCUCCAUGGAGCCUCCUCUUGUACCUAUCACUCUGCAAAGGUCCAAGAGAAUCGAAGGCAUAUUGUCAAGAAUGGCGGAAUCCAUCAUGCUUAUGAAAGGACAAGUUCCUUGGCUUCAUACAGUAGAAAGUUUUCCCAGCCAGAGCAUGAGCAUAAUAGCAUAAACGAGAAUAUUCUGAGCGUCUCUCGCUCUGAGAUUCCAAAUUGCAGGUCCCCGAUUUCUAAUGGUACAGACAAUGAUGAUGAUGAAUCCUGUCGAAGCACUAUAAAGUCUAAUGUGGUGCUUUCUAGACACAGCUCGGUGAGCUCCCUCAGUGAAGAGGAAUGGGCUCUUCUCAAGUUGUGCAUCAGCUCUGGCAUGCCUAGAAAUAAGUAUCGUCUUAAAGGGGUGAAGAAUGCAGAGGGAAACACUCAUGAAGACCGUGAUACCAUAGUUGAAGACAAUUAUUCGAUAUGCAGCUGACAAUGACGAGUCGUAUAUUUGUAAGAUGCAAGGA